AUGGGCAAAUUUGGCAUCCAUGAUCACUGUGCAAAGGAUCUAGCGCAUGACUUCCGGCGGAUGAUCCUCGAAUUGGCAGAAGAGCUUGCCUUCCACAAUCCUGCUCGAGUCUUCGAGUUGCUCGCCGGCCUGUGCAGUCUGGCAAGCUCAAAUGGCUUGCACGGGGAAAGGCACGGCCCCGACGAGGUGUCGGCGAAUGUCACAGCGGUACACAUGGAUAAUGCGGCUGUCGAUGGGGUUUCUCGUCCGAGCCUAAGAAGGAACACCGCAAGACGAAAUGUGGUUCCGGCAUAUAGCCACGAUUGCGCCGCGAUCGGCGACAACGGAGUAACUCAGAGAGACAAGGAUAACAAACCGAUGGCACAGCAGGGUUAUCAGUACACGCUGCAGGGGUUGGCGCCUCCGCAACAAGCACAACCCCAGAUGCAUCAGCAGUUGCAACACCAACAACAGCAGCGCCAUCAACAGCAGAUGCACCAGCAGAUGCAGACCUCUCAAGUCGAGUAUCAGCAACCACAACAGCAAUCAUCACAGCAACCGCCGCAGCAGCACCAGCAACACCAGCAACAACAACAGCAACAGCAACAAGGCCAGCAACAACAGAGCCAGCACCAGCAGGGUCAGCAGCAUGGACGCCCCCAGAUGGCCCUGCUGCCGCCACCCCAGGAUCGCCUGUAUAACACAUGGAAUGACUUGAGGGAAGACGUCAAAGCCUUUUGCAAGUCCCAGGGCUACGCAGUAGUCAUCAUCUCGUCGCUCAACCGCGACGCCGAAGGUAACUACCGCCGGUACAACAUGUGCUGCGCCAAGGGCGGCAAGAACUACACGUCCCACAGCAAGGGGCUCCGCCAGACGCAGUCGACCAAGACGGGCUGCCCGAUGCGCUUGAAGGCGAUCCGCGAGAAGGCCUGGCCGUACAACGACAAGUGGCACGUCAUCGUGCAGUGCGCCGAGCACAACCACGAGCCCUUCACGGGCGGGCCCAACGCCAACGCGCCCUCGCAGUUCCGCAAGAUCGAGGCCGACGGCAUGCGCUGGCUCAUGAUCAUGCACCGCGAGGCCCAGUGCGACCUGCGCCAGCUGACCAUUGGCAUCCGCAUCUCGUUUGGCGACAAGUACCAGUACGUCAAGAAGACGGACGUGCGCAACUGCCUGGCCAAGAUCAAGCGCGAGGAGGAUAGGAAGGCGGCGGCUGCCGCGGCCGCCGCGGCAAUGCCGGCCAAUCAGCCCUACACCAUCAUCCCGGCGUCUCACCUACCGCCGCCCCCGCCGCCUGUGCAGGUCGAGAAGAUGCCGCAGCUGCCGCCAGAGCUUCAAGUACCGGACCCUGAUAUGGAGUCAGAUGAUGACGACGACCAAGAAGACGAGGAGCAGCUAUGA